GGGAGGGGGAGGGAGCCAGGCAGAGCUGAUCCCACGUGUGACGCUCGCAUUCCCGGCUCAGUAAUAUUCUCCUAGCUCUGUCAGUGUGUGUGUGUCAGUUACUGGCCAUAGUUGGGUUAGCCAUGGAGGGAGACGGGAGCCAAGCCACAUCUGGAAGCCCUAACGAUUCGCAACACGACCCGGGUAAAAUGUUUAUCGGUGGCCUGAGCUGGCAAACUUCACCAGACAGCCUUAGAGACUAUUUUAGUAAAUUCGGAGAAAUCAGAGAAUGUAUGGUGAUGAGAGAUCCCACGACGAAACGCUCCAGGGGAUUUGGCUUCGUUACGUUUGCAGAUGCAGCCAGUGUAGAUAAGGUUCUAGCUCAACCUCACCACGAAUUAGACUCUAAGACGAUUGAUCCUAAAGUUGCCUUUCCAAGACGCGCUCAACCCAAGAUGGUCACAAGAACAAAGAAAAUAUUUGUAGGCGGAUUAUCAGCUAACACAGUAGUUGAAGAUGUGAAGCAGUAUUUUGAACAGUUUGGCAAGGUAGAAGAUGCAAUGCUAAUGUUUGAUAAAACUACAAAUAGACAUAGAGGAUUCGGCUUUGUAACUUUUGAGAACGAGGAUGUGGUGGAAAAGGUCUGCGAGAUUCAUUUUCACGAAAUCAAUAAUAAAAUGGUAGAAUGUAAGAAAGCCCAGCCGAAGGAAGUGAUGUUUCCUCCGGGGACGCGGGGGAGAGCUAGAGGUCUGCCCUACACCAUGGACGCCUUUAUGCUGGGAAUGGGCAUGCUGAGUUAUCCAAACAUUGUAGCAACGUAUGGCCGCGGAUACACCGGUUUUGCCCCGAGCUACAGCUACCAAUUCCCUGGCUUCCCGGCUACAGCGUACGGUCCGGUAGCGGCGGCGGCAGCAGUGGCAGCAGCACGCGGCUCAGGUAGGGGGGCCCGUGGAAGAGGCGGCUACGCAGCAUACCCUCAGAGCACAGGGCCAGGCUUCCCCGAUUACGGUUUCUAUUCCUCGCCAAGCGACCAACGGGGGCCCCCCUUCUCCUUUGCGGACUAUGGCUCCCUGGGCCCCCAGGCGGCUCAGCUGCUGCAAAGCGAGCAUGCCACAUCAGCCUGCAACUCCCCUCUCCAGCACCUGGCCAGCCCGGAUCAGUAUAAGAGCCCAGGCACCAACCCGCCCCGGCCUGGAGCCUUUCCUGGAGCCAGCAGCCCCGGGCCAGUGGCUGACCUGUACGGCCCCACCAGCCAGGACUCCGGCGUGGGCAACUACAUUAGCGCUGCUAGCCCCCAGCCUGGCUCUGGCUUCGGACACAGCAUUGCUGGUCCUUUGAUUGCGACAGCUUUUACAAAUGGAUACCAUUGAAACCUAACAGGUGGUUGGUUGCCAUCUCAUUUGAGCAGAGUUUAUCAGGAGGCCCGGGGAAGACUGGCCGGAGUUUCUAAUUGGUUCUGUGUACAGGUAAAGGCCAUUAAACUUCAAGCACUACAGCGCUGAACGGGAAUCUAAAGCUGAGAUGGCGCCACACGAAGAACAAACCGAAACGUCAGAAUCAUCUCAGAAAGAAGAAGAAAAAAAAUACAACUAAAGAAUCUGCUGUACUAUACUGAAACCCUGGCUUUUGAAUAUGUUAUCCUAGUGUAGCCCUGACCUUGACUUAGGAUUUGAUUUGAUUUCUUCCUCCUUUUUUCCCCUUUUAGAAGAGUUUUAGUCAUCUUUUAUUGUGUAUGCGUUGACUCAACCAACGUUUCUUUGAGUUUCUAGAUGUUCUUCAUUGUUCUUGAAUGUUCUCUGACGAGAGCGACUAUGUAAACAUGAACUAAUGUCCUUUUUUUUGUUGUUGUUGCCGUUUUGUUUUUGAGCUAGUAAUAUUCCAAUUGCAGUUUCAUUUCACAGCCCUUGUCCAAUCACAUUUUCAUACGAGCAAGAAAACGGAUUGAAAAGGUGACAUUUUAAAUUCAAGCCUAUACCGCAAUGAGUGGAUAACUCAAAAGAAAAAAAAACUAAAAAACAAACAAAAAAAAGAUCUUAGUAGCUCUGUUCUAUGUUUAUCGUGAUGUCUUGUUAACCAUGAUUACCUAUUUUGGGCAAUAAGAGGACUACAAUAUUUUCACAGUCCUUUUUUAUAAAUGUCAUUUUUGUUGUCGAUGAUGAAGAAAAAAAAAGAGAAAAAGAUAAAGCUUUCCUUUUAAUACUUUGUGAGAUUUAAAAAGAAAAGAAUUCUGAAACUGUAAAUAUUAUUCUGUUCACUGCAUCAAACUGUUUCUGAGAGAGAACCAUAUUUUUGUGAUGGUGUCAUAGAGGUUGUAUUUGUGCGCAAGGCGAAAUACUGUAUGUCAGUGCAAAAAUAUAUCUUUGAGGCUCAAUGCAGUAACCAAGGUCCAUCUGUAGCACAAAAAGGCCGUGAUUUUACCCCAGUACGGACGAAAGUCAAUCCAACACUGUUAGCACGCUUUGUAAAUACUGUGCAGGUGUCAUACCAGCAUACAGAUUAAAUAGUGCGUUACGCUUACGAAGAGAAUAUACUUUACAAGGUAUACAGAAAUCAGCAUCAUAACAAAACGAAAAAGAAAAUCCAAAGCACACAUGAAUUAUAAUUUCAAAACCGUGUCGAGACAUUUCACGUUUCAUUACGUCGUCUUGUAUGAGCUUCUUAUUUUUCCGCCGCGUGUCUGUGUGGAGAUUUUUACACGGAACGAGUCGAAUAACAAAGGCAAUAUUUCAACAUUGCUUCUACGAUUAGAAAAAGAAGAAUCUUUUAUACCAUUACCUCAGUCCUGUGAGAAUUACUUUAAAGGAGAUUAAAAUUAAUUUAUUUUAUCCUGAGACAGAUAUUGAGAGAAAAAAAAGAGAUAUUAAAGUGUUGUUUUGAAAUUAAGUAACUCAUUGCACUGUGAGAGAGAAUUUAUCAUUUUUCUAUUUGCACAUGUGAACUGACAGUCUCUAACAAGGGUCAUGUGAAGGAAUUUUCCACACGGGAUAACACUUGCGAAUUUCCAGUCUUGGCUUACGUUGAUUUGAAGACUGUACUUUGAAAGAAAUAAACGAUCUCUUUCCAGGGAUUUUAUUCUAGAAUAUCAGAGAUGAGUUUUAUUGGUAGCAAUAGUUCAUUUCCUCAGAAACACUGAAACUGAUUGAAACCAGUAGCUGCUACACACACUUGUUGUACAUGUGGGGACUGGAUUUUGAUGAGACACAAAUGGCAUUUGGAAAUAUGAAUGAUAUUUGCGAAUAUGAAUCGACUGACAUGUGUAUGCUGUUUAUUCGACCUUGUCGAAAUGUUUUAUUUUCCUUUAUUUAAUUGUGUUUUUAGUGUUCAUUUCACUAGCAGGUGAGGCAGAAUGCUGGAUUCUUUCUUAAGAAGGAGCUAUAAAGUAAUACGAUUUGAAACUAAAAUAAAAAGAGAGAACUUUGUGCUAGCUGUUUCAAAAAAAAAAAAAAAAAGACAAACAUGCGUACAACAAAGAGAAAAAAUAUGAAAGAAAAUGAUCCCGAACAUGUUUUGAAUUUAAACAGGGAUGGAUUUUUAUCAAUAUUUUUGUGGAUGUUAAUGAUUAUACUAAAUAUAACGAUGACAAUAAUACAGAUAUUAUGUACUGUAUUUAUCAAUUGUUUCUCUUCAUUCCCUGUCACCUCAUUCAGUAAUAUUACGUUGAUCAUUGUAUUUUAGUAGUGUGUACGAAAAAAACUAAAAAAAGAUGAAAAAAAAAAAAUCAAACAGGAAUAUGACUUUACCUUGUAAAAGAGUGCUGUCUUGAUGCCAGUGUAGUGGUCUAUACACUUCUCGGUUGGUAUUUUUCCACAUUUCCCCCACUCCUCUCACUCUCCUUUUGUCGUUUUUGCCCUUUCUCUAUAUCUCACUCUCUCUUUAGUGGGUAGUUGUAGGUGUUAUGUACUUAAUGUUAAGAUGUAGAGGUAUUCAUUAGCAAUCGUAGGACCAGUAAGGAUAGAACUUUCUCUUUAUAGUCACUUCAAGACAAAAAAAAAAAUGCUGUUAAUGCGUUGUUAUUUCUUUUUUCAUAGUAUCUCUUCGUUUUUCUUUCUUUCCUCCUCUCUCUUUGUUUUAUUUAUUUAGUUCCACUGUUUUGCUGGUCUCACAUGGUUUCAACUAACCAAAGCUCUCACUGAUGAAAUCUAGGAGAAAGGAAUUGCUGUAUGACAGAAUUGUAAUCAAGGCAUUAAUUGGAUCCCCACCCUUGAAUGUUUUAAAAGGGGUGUGUGUGUGUGCCAUACUACCUUAAAUGCUAAUGCUAGAUAUGCAAAACCACUUUAUUUUCGUUCUUUAUUAAGCUAUAACUACGAAGAGGAUGACUUUAUUACGCGAAUGAAAAAGAAAUCAUGACUAUUUUUUUAGUACGUUCUAAUUAUAACGACAUAGCUCGAUCAUUAUAGAUACGGAUAAAACUGUAAUAGGUUUUGAUAUGUAUACACUUCAUGAAGUAAUCCAGUGGCCUACAGUGCUACUUAUUUUUAUUGUGUCUGACUAAUUCAAUCGUACUUUAGUUUCAAUUGAACGAUCCUGUUUUUUGUGCGUUUUAAUUGCAUUGCCAGCUUUUCAUUUUAAUUCAACAUCAUGUGAUGUCACACUUGCGUCCAGUGUCACACUGAAUCUGUAUUCCUGAAUCAUAUCUGUUCUCAGGGAUAUCAAACAUGAGUCAACGUACCACCUUCAUAAAAGGACAUUUUACGAUGCUAGUGAGUUAGCACAACUUGUAACGAAAAGUGUCCAGAUGAAGUACAUUUAAGUGAAAUUUAAAGGUGCUGUCAUGAAGCGUGCACAGCGUUUACUCAUUUAAGAUCUCAUUUUUGAGCAGUAUCCAGCAUCCAUUUAGAUCUCCUCAAUUGAGAUGGUUCUCGAUAAAACCAGCAUGAUCUCGUGGCAAUUUGUGACUGUUUUGCGUUUGGCGAAUUGCUAAUUUGUAUGAAUUUCAUUCGUACAUUUUCAUAAGGCUUGCUCACAGCCCAAUGAUGGUUAUUGUCUUUUUUUUUUCGGAAUCGUACAUUGUAAAUUCACAUUGUACGAAUUCAUACAAAAUCACCGCCUUCCAAAACAGUUGCGUUUUUUUUUUAGAUGAGAUCGGGUUAAUAGUCACGCAGAUAAAGCACAGUUCCCUUCUGCUGACGGAAGCGGUUAAAAUGAAGGCUGGCAACCCUUUUCAACGGUCUUUUCCAUUUGCAUCGUUUAGCUUACCCCGUUUUACUUUCCACCGUAAUUUGAUCUUGUAGCUUGGACUUUAAGGUAGCAUGGCUCUGUUGCCACCAUUUUGUUUUCCAUGGACAGCAGUUUACAGCAGAUGAAUGUUACACAUCUUGCUAGACUAGUUAAAUCAUUGGAAAAUUGUUGGUUUAAAAAAAAAGAAAAAAAAUCGAAAAAAGAAAACGACCUGGAAGGUGUGGAGUGAUUUUUGGGAGUGAACUACCGUAUCCAUUUAAACUUGAAUUUUGCGGCAAGUGCUAGGCAAUGGCCAAAACGAUCAUCCCACUAAUAAAGCAACAAAACGUUCAACACUGUAAUGUCUAAUGUACAGUAUAUACUUGUAUACAUACAGCAGAUAUAUGUGUAUAGUGUAUAUAUCUAUCUCUCUCUCUCUUUGUUAACUUGUUUCUCUGGCUGUUGAAUCAUGUCUUCUCGCUGUGUGUCGUGUUGGAGCUGCAGGUUAGUAGAUUAGUUAUUGUGUAAACCUAGCUCAAUUGGGACGGUACGGUGUGUUUUUGGCACAUCCUUUGGGAUGUCAGUCUCCCAUUUUCUCCUGAGGCGUGGGCCUCGCUUGAUUGCCUUGCCCAUUCCUAACACUUGCCCAUUUUUUAACGUUAACGGACUUUUUACCGCGAGAACUGACUGAACGGACUGACGUCUGAAAGCAUCUUUCAGGUCUUCUUGUAUGGCUUGCUCAAGCCCUGUUGUAAAAUAAACUAAAGUGGAUGGGGGUCUCUCACAUCUCAGAUGUGGAAAGUAUAAUUUUAUAUUUGUAUUUUCAAAUAAUAAUGAUAAUAAUAAUAAAAAAUGUUUGUGAAAGGUUUCCAUCCUCUACUGUGGUCCAGAAAUCAAUGUGUUUGUCUGGAAAAGAUUUUAAAAAAGGAAAAAAAAAUACAUAAAAGAAAUUUAAAAAAAGAAAUAAAAUAAAAGAGUUUUGAACCAUUUCACUCAUGGUUUUUAUUUUCAACUUUUUUGAAGCAACUGAUUUGUGAUUCAAAAGAAAUGAAUAUACCUGCAAAAGAUUGUAUGCCAGAACAUGCACAACGAUUAAAAUGCACAAAGUUGAAUACA